AUGAUUUACGUCAAUUUCGUCCAUCACUGGGCUCCCAUCGUGUUCGGUAUACUCUCCUACUGCUGCAACUCGAUCUUCGUUUUCAUUGUCUUGAAGAAGACUCGCUCUUCCUUCGGUGCCUACAAGUACAUGCUCAUGAGCUUCGGAAUUUUUGAUAUAAUGUAUUCAACAGUUGAUAUGGUCGUGGCUAUGGGAUCUCACAGUGAAGGAAACACCUUCUGUCUCUUUGUUUCUCAUGGACCAUUCGCAGAUGAUCCAGAAAUCGGAUUUGCUGCUCUCUGUGUUCGUUGUAUGUUCUUCUCUCUGAGUUACGGCGUUCUCGAAGUUCAUUUCAUUUAUCGUUAUGUUGCUCUCUGCCGUCCUCAAUGGAUUCCUGCUUUUGGAGAUCCAAAAUGGAUUACUGUAAUGGCUCUCGGAGUUUUCGGACAAGGAAUCGUUUGGUUCUGUUCAGUCUAUUUCUGUAUGUGGUCUGAUGACGAGAUGAGGUCGUAUCUCGAAGUGCCAUUCCGCCGUGACUACAAUGCUGACGUCUAUCAAGUUCCUAUACUGGGAAGUACAUAUUGGGGUGCUUCGACUGGAUUGAUUUUGAGAACAUCUGCUGGAAUCGUUAUUAUCUCAGUUAUUUCUUGCUGGACUAUCUAUUUCUGCAUCUGGAUCGGAUGGACUAUUCACUCAAAAUUGAGCGUUGUCGAAAUGAGUAAAACCACUAAAAAAAUGCAUCGUAAUCUACUGAAAGCGUUGGCUAUCCAGACCUUCAUUCCAUUUGCUAUCAGUUACAUUCCAUGUGUUUUUGCCUGGUCUGUUCCAAUAAUUCAUGUGGACACCAAGAGCUGGAACAACAUCACCGCCGUAAUUGCUGUGGCAGCGUUCCCAUUCAUCGAUCCUCUGGCCAUUAUUCUGCUCCUCCCGGACUACAGAAAUGCCUUUUUCAAAAUCUUCUUGCCUUGCGUCAAUCGUCCAGGAAAAACUAAUCCAGAGACCAUCACUUCCAACCACGAUAGCUCUAAAAUCUGA